AUGUGUUUGUUACAUGGUUGUUUCUCUUUCCCAUCUCAGGAAGCUGAAAAGCAUCUUUCAGAUAUGGUUGUAUCUAAAGCGCUGGUGGCAAAGAUUGACAGGCCAAUGGGUAUAAUCUGUUUCCAGAGUGCGAAGGACAGUAAUGACAUUUUAAACUCAUGGGCUAUGAAUUUGGAGAAACUGCUUGACCUUGUGGAGAAGAGUUGUCACCAAAUCCACAAGGAAAUGAUGGUUCACAAAGCUGCCUUGAAAGUUUGA